GUUCGAAGUUUGGAAUAUUAAAAUAAAAUGGCAGCGCUCUUGUCAACUUGUGUUCGAGGUUGUUGUAGAAUAUCGAGAGCAAGAAAGCUGCAGUUAAGAAAGUUCUCUGCAAGUCAAAGACUUAAUGAUGAAAUUGGGUUAGAUCAACCCCUCCCCAACUUCCCAGAACUGAAAUAUGCCGUUGCCAGUCGUGAGACAUAUGACACCCCAGUCACAACACUCGAGAAUGGACUCAGAGUGGCAUCACAGAAAAUGUUCGGACAUUUUUGUACUCUUGGAGUUUUGAUCGACUCUGGCAGUAGAUAUGAAGUUGCAUAUCCUAGUGGCAUAUCUCAUUUUAUUGAGAAAUUAGGAUUUUGUUCAACCACAAAGUAUCAGAGCAAUGAUGAAAUUUUACAAGUGCUAGCUAGUUAUGGAGGUGUAUGUGACUGCCAAGUCUCAAGGGAUGCUGUCAUAUAUGCUCUAUCCAUUGAGAAUGAAGGAAUUGAGAAAGGUCUGGACAUAUUGUCAGAAGUUGCAAUGAGGCCUGUAAUUUCAGAUGAACAGAUUGAUUACUGUCGAAUGGCGGUGGCCUUUGAUCUGGAGAACAUUGAAUCAAGUCCACAACCAGAUAUACUCAUGACAGAGCUGAUUCAUGCGGCAGCCUAUCGAGAUAACACAUUAGGUCUGCCCAAAAUUUGUCCAAAGGAGAACAUUGAUAAGAUAGACACAAAAUCAAUGUAUUCCUUUAUGAAAAACUUUCAUGACCCCUCCAGAAUGGUGCUCUGUGGGGUGGGGAUGGAGCAUGAUACACUUGUUGAAAUGGCAAGGGACAUUUUUGUAAAGAAGACCCCUAUCUGGAUAGAAAACCCAUCCCUAGUGGAUCCAAGUAAAUCUGUCGACAACUCUGUGUCCCAAUAUACAGGAGGAAAAAUGCUUAUUGAGAAAGACUUAUCUAACGUGAGCCAGGGCCCCAAUCCAUUCCCCGAGCUUGCUCACUUGGUUAUCGGCCUGGAGAGCUGUUCCCAUAAUGAUGACGACUUCAUUGCAUUCUGUGUGCUCAACAUGAUGCUUGGUGGGGGUAAUGCCUUCUCUGCUGGGGGCCCAGGGAAGGGCAUGUACACCCGACUUUACACAAAUGUACUGAACAGACACCACUGGAUGUUUGGCUGUGUGGCCAUGAACCACGUGUAUGAAGACUCCGGGGUCUUUUGCAUUAUGUCCAGUGCCCAUCCCAGUCAGUUGGAAGAGUUGGCACUUGUAGUAUUAUCAGAAUUCCUAAGAACUCCAGAGCAAAUAUCCAAAGAGGAAUUAGACCGUGCCAAAAAACAGCUCCAGUCCUUGCUGAUGUACAACCUGGAAACACGUCCCAUGGUGUUCGAAGACGUCGGCAGACAGGUUCUGAGUCGAGGAUCUAGAAACCCUGCCCAGUUCUACCUACAGGAAAUAGAAAAAGUUCAAAAGGAGGAUUUACAACGAGUGGCCAAGAAAAUGCUUCGAACAAAACCAUCUGUGGCCGCAUAUGGAACAUUAGAUAAACUGCCACCAUAUGAAAAGUUUCAGGAGAUUUUAGCAGAGGGAAAAAUUAUUAGGAACAGAAAAUCUUUUGCUUCCCUCUUUCGAUAAUGUUUUAAGAUGAACAGCAUUUUGCCUGAGAAGACUAUGUUUACCUGGGAAGUCUUACCUAUUGAGGUGUUCUUCAUUGCUUGGAAAUAUACAUUUAUUUUCAGCUACUCUCAUAGCUGUUUAUGUUUUCGUCAUUGACUCGUGUUUAUUUACAGUGUUGUUUAUUGAUGACAUAAGGAGUGGCAGUAGGCUGUUAAUUUUAUAUCAAUAUAUGUGUGCCCUCUAUAUUAAAGAUUGGAGCACUAAGUGAUUUUGCCCACAUAAAGUUUUAAUCAAAGCAAUAUUGAUUUUAGCUACUGGUACAUGAACUUUAACAUGUAAGCAAUGUAUGAGAAAUAUAAAGAGAGAAGGCUGAAGAUGUGUGACUACGAUAAUGCUUGGAACAUAUUUACAAAAUGUAAAUCUCAAUCUUAUAUUUUAAACAAUAAUAAAGAUAAAACUAGA